AUGUGCGACGAAGAGGUGGCUGCUUUGGUUGUGGACAAUGGCUCUGGUAUGUGUAAGGCAGGCUUUGCAGGAGACGAUGCACCACGUGCCGUUUUCCCAAGUAUCGUCGGACGACCGAGACAUCAGGGCGUUAUGGUGGGAAUGGGCCAGAAAGACAGCUACGUCGGAGACGAGGCACAAAGUAAACGAGGUAUAUUGACUUUGAAAUAUCCUAUAGAGCAUGGAAUUGUGACAAAUUGGGACGAUAUGGAGAAAAUAUGGCAUCACACUUUUUACAACGAGUUGAGAGUAGCUCCGGAGGAGCAUCCAGUGCUUCUCACUGAAGCGCCCCUCAACCCGAAGGCAAAUAGAGAGAAGAUGACGCAAAUUAUGUUCGAGACAUUUAACACCCCGGCAAUGUACGUUGCCAUUCAAGCAGUCUUGUCACUCUAUGCCAGCGGUCGAACGACCGGAGUAGUACUGGACAGUGGGGACGGGGUUACUCAUACAGUACCAAUUUAUGAAGGAUACGCGUUGCCUCACGCUAUCCUGCGUCUUGACUUGGCUGGUCGUGACCUCACGGAUUACCUCAUGAAAAUUCUCACAGAAAGAGGCUAUUCCUUCACGACUACGGCAGAAAGAGAAAUCGUUCGAGACAUUAAGGAGAAAAUGUGCUACGUUGCCUUGGACUUUGAACAGGAAAUGGCAACUGCAGCGUCUAGCAGUUCACUGGAAAAAAGUUACGAAUUGCCCGAUGGCCAGGUCAUAACGAUAGGCAACGAAAGGUUCCGUUGUCCGGAAGCUCUGUUCCAACCGUCGUUCUUGGGUAUGGAAUCUUGUGGUGUGCACGAAACGACUUAUAAUAGCAUAAUGAAAUGUGACAUCGAUAUUCGAAAGGAUUUGUACGCCAACACAGUUCUAUCCGGCGGAAGCACCAUGUUUCCAGGCAUUGCCGACCGUAUGCAAAAAGAGAUCACCGCACUCGCUCCAAGCACUAUGAAGAUUAAGAUUAUUGCUCCACCGGAAAGGAAAUAUUCGGUGUGGAUAGGAGGAUCGAUUCUAGCUUCUCUAUCCACGUUCCAACAGAUGUGGAUAAGCAAACAGGAAUAUGACGAGAGCGGCCCGUCGAUUGUUCAUCGGAAAUGUUUCUAA